AUGCCGAAAGACGUAUACGCUGAUGAAGGACCGGCUAGCAUGGUCAUCCUCGCAGGGAGCCUCUUAGGCGCGGCUGAAAAGCUUUUGGCCACAGAUUCCAUCCAACCAUCAUUGCUGAGAGCUUUUCGCGCGCAGCAAUCAAAAGCGUGGGAUUUCUCGUCACAAUUCUUACCCUGGUUGAUCUUAAUGAUUGUGACUUGUCACUUCGCACUAGACAAUCAGCUGGGACGCUCACCAGAUUGA